GCAGCUGCAAGAACCACAUAGAGAAGUAACUCAUCAUAUUGCAAAGUUUGAGGUGAUCUGAAGAUAUUAUAGGUUCCAUCCGCGUAAGAACGUUUUGCGUAGCAAAAUGUCUGAAACUACCAGCUAUCAUUUGCUGAAAAACCAUACCGAAAAACUAGAGGAGGAACGAGAAGGAAAAGAACAUGAAAAAAAAAUCCUGAUCCAAGAAGAAGACGCGGUCGAUCAAAAUGAAGAGUCUGCAGAAAGGUCGAGCUUAUGGAAAGCGGUUGCUAACCUCAUGAGUGAUAUCGAGGGCACCGGCCUCCUCGCUCUUCCUUACGUGAUUGCUGAGAGUGGUCUGGUAGCGAUAGCAGCUCUGGUCAUGGUUCCCUUUAUCACCUACUACACCGGAGCUACAUUGAUAGAGUGCCUGUAUGAGACCAACAACGAAGGCGAAAGAAUUCGAGUCAGGUCCAACUAUAAAGAGCUCGGUAAAGCCUGCUGGCCUCGCUUUGGUGGUGCUAUUGUUGCCGCUGUCCAGCUGAUCGAACUGUUUAUGACGGCGUCUUUGUAUCUUGUCUUAUGCGCCUCGCUCUCAAGCAGUAUAUUUACAGGGAUACCGGUGUCCGAUAAAAUUUGGAUGGUCAUUGCAGCUACAAUUGGGUUCCCGACCAUUUUCGUAAAGAAUCUUUCACAGGUUGCAUGGUUCAGUUUAGUAAGUGUUGUAGCUUUAUCUGUAGCAGUAAUAGCUGUCUUAGCUUUUGGCAUAGCACAUGGCUCUAAGUGGAAUUUUAGCCUUAUAUUAGUCUGGAAUAUCGAUGACGCGCCAGUCUCAUUAGCAAUUAUAAUCUACAGCUACAAUUGUCAUCCUGUACUGCCAGGAGUCGAGGAAAGCUUGCAAAACAGAUCACAGUUUCCCAAGAUACUUGCGCUAUCUUAUAUCUUCGUUACAAUCCUCAAGAUCGUUUUUUCAGUUUGUGCUUUCCUGUCGUUUAGCCCAGAUAUUCCGGAUGUGAUUGCAAAUAGCCUUCCCAUGGGAUUUCUACGAGUCUUUGUCAACGGAUUUUUUAUUUUAAACGUUCUCUUUUCAUAUCCUUUUAGUGUCAUUACCAUAAUCCACACAAUCGAGGAAUUUUUUUCAGUCGAUUCACUUCCAUUUAGAUGUCCUGAGAUUGUUUGGUUCAUCGGCAUUCGAGUGUUGACAAAUUUUCUAACACUUCUACCCGCGAUUUCUAUUCCACAUUUUGCGCUUUUUAUGUCAUUCAUCGAAAGUUUAAGUGGUUCCUGCGUUGUUUUAAUUUUUCCUGCAGUUUUUCACCUGAAUAUCCAAAAGGACAACUUAAAACUAUAUCAGAUCACUUUCGAUAUUUUGGUAAUAUUUGUUGGAGUUUUUGCGAGUUUUACAGGUUCAAUUUUCACCGGAAAGAAAAUCCUUCAGCUUUAGACUUCAUCGUGUUUUAUCUUUUUAUCUAAACGAAAAGAGUUGAAUUUCGUUCUUUUUUUUCGGGUAUUACAUUACUACAUGACAGUGUAACUUUUUCCACUGUAGAUUCACUCCCCAGGUAUUUGAAUAUUAGUGAAUGAGCUUGCAGCUGGUUAAGAUUGAAGAUAUAAUAUUGCCUAUGUUAUACACAUUUCUUGUUAUUUCCAAUCUUGUAAUUAGUCGUUCUGUUCUUGAUGUACUAUGUUUGUAAUACUCUACUUAGAAACCACUGGCAAUGGCGUGUAAAUAGAAGGUUUCGAUCGUGUCGUCAAGAAAUUAAACUCCUCUUAAAUUUA